AUGGAGAUGACCUCUGGCGAGACCGCUGGGAAGAAGUUAUGGUGGUGCAACCCGAUUUCGUCCAGAUCAUCAGCUGGAAAGACUAUGGGGAAUCCCAUUACAUCGGGCCCCUGUACGACAUUGAUUCUGUCCUACUCGGACGACGACGACAACCCCGACUGUGAGGAAGACACCUCGAACCCCUGCGAUCUCAGCCUUUACUUUUCGUCGUGGGAAGCUCUCCAGGCAGCCAAAGACAUUCCCGAGCUCUGCAUGCCCAUGUACGCCAUGCAGGUUCUGAUGGACACUCUCAACACUGCCCUGCAGAACUACACGGACGUUAACAACGGCUACGACGAAAAGUUCGGCUACUAUGUUAAAUAUCUUCGCGACAUGGUGCCGGAGUCAAUCAAUGCGGUUAUCAAAGAUAACGGUAAAUACGUCCAAUGCUCUCAGGUGAUCAAGGGCGGAUGGUCUGAGCCCAGAUCAUGCUUUAUCCCGAUCGUUAGCGACGCAUGGACCGUCAAGUACACCUUCGUUGAUGAGCAAGGAUUCUACGACGAAUUGCAAUCCAAAUAUGGCAUCCAGCGGGACUGGGUCGAGGUUUCGGACGUCGUCAAUGAAGACAAACUCUGCACCCCAAACCCCCGGAGCGGCGGUAUAGUCUGCCAUAAUAUCAAACAGACAAACCAAAAUAUCCCCCACGCCAAGGCCGACUUCACUAUCCCCAACCCCAAGGACUCAAUCGCUGAUGCGCUGCCCCGGUUUCAAGCUCUCCAGCGCGACGUUGUCUUGACAUGGGCCGAUCUUUCCUUCUUCCUCUGGGACGGGGACGGUGCAGACGCAGUGGAGGCUCUGUCCACUCCCGUCUUCAUGCUCCUCCAAGCGGUCGAAAGCAUGGCAACGGUGAAGGCGAUCGGCGAAAAGGAGAAAGAAAAAGAGGACGAAGAGAAAAAGAAUCUCAUCAUCACCAUCAUCUCUGCGGUCCUGCUCAUUUUCCCCUUUGCGGGCGAGAUUGUUGGCAGCGUCGCGGGGGUAGCCUGGAUCACAGAUGCGGCCCUGUUGGCGGAUGUGACUGCCAAUUUGGCUCUGGCGGGCUACGACAUCGUGACCAACCCAAAGUCAGCGCCGAUGGAUUUAUUGAACAUCUUGUUCUCAGGGACAGGGCGCACCGGGGCGAAUUUAGCCAAGGUAGCGAGUGUUCGGCGCGGGAUCAAGGCGGACGAUCUGGCCAAGUUUGGGAGCGUGUUUAAAGAGAACGAUGACCUGCUUCAGGGUCUGAUUAGAGUCUGUAAGACAUGA